CUGCACGACACUACUCACAACAGUCGCGGAGCACGUGUGGUGUUGUUUUGUAGAGGCAGUUUUCAUGAUAUUUUCUCGUUUGUGUGAUAAAGUUUCAACUCUUUUGAUUCACCAUGAAUGAAUCACGGCUGUUCAUCGGCAAUCUUCCUCCGGGAGUGUCAGAAAAAGAGCUCAAGUCGAAGCUGAAAAAAUACGGGAACCUCACAGAUGUCACCGUCAAAGAGAGACUGGACCACAAUGGGAAGAUCACCGCGACGUUUGCCCACUGCACAUUGAGUUCGGAUAGAGACAUAAUGAAAUGCCUCGAUGACCUGAUGUCAGAAGGAGCAUGGAACGGGCACAACCUGAAAGCAGAGGUGGCCAAGAAGACCUUUGAACAGAGAAGACAGGAAAGCGCCCCUGUAGCUGUAAUCAAGGAGAAGACCUCUCCUGCUAAACCCUCUCCUCCUAAGGUCACCAAGGUCAAGGCCCCUAAGACCAGCAAGCCGCCUCCUCAGAAAGAUGAUGAAUCAAGCGAUUCCGAGGAAGAAGUUUACUGGAGCAAAGUAGGAGAUAAAAAAGCAGACAACGCUGUUGAAUUUGUUUCCGAAGAGGCUCCGAAAAGGAGGAGAAGGGAGGAGGAGGCGCCGACGAAACUUUACAAAGCGCAAUCCACGAGUGCCCAGUCCGAUUUGCUGAAGAGACUGGAAAAAUUCAGCAACGUCUGGGGUGACUCUGAAGGUCAUUCUUCGCCCAGCUUUUCCUCGUCUAUAAACAGUGCCCAUAGAAUUUAUACUCCUCAAACUAAUGGUCAGGAAAAGGCUGAGGUGGUGGAGAAGAAAAUCAAGAGGAAAUCUGAAAAUGGAGACGCUCCUAAAGUUAAAAGAAAAUCCAUAAAAGAAGAAGCCGGAGGUCCUCAGGAAAAGACGACUAAAGUCGCCAGCAAGCAGGAGAAAAAAAUUCGCUCAGAGGAGCAGCGUUUGCAGUCGCUCAAUGAGCGGGCGGAUUUUUUCAAACAGCAGCAAGAGGCUGUGAAAAAGGCACUGUCGGAUAAAAACGCUAAGAAUAAGAAAAUCGUAUUCGACGAUGACAAUGAGGAGCCAACAGCUGCUGCAAAUGCAGGAGCAAUAAAACUUUUUGAUGACGAGUCUGGAGACGAGGAAGGCGAUGCCGACAGAUUUAAAAUCAAAAAGCAAUUUGAAGGGAAGAAAGGAGAAAAGCUUCUGGAAAUGCAAUCGACCUUUGGAAUGGAUGAAAGGUUCAAACUGGACAAGCGGUUUGCUGAAGGGGACGAAGAGGGAGGCUCAGACUCUGAACACGAGGACCCAGAAAUCAAGAAUCAAUUGGCAAUUUUGGAAGAAGUAGUUGGGCCACUGAAGAAAAAAUCAAAAUUAGCAGAAAAUAUGCCCAACUUUGUGCGAUAUGAUCCCUCAAAAUCCGACCAUGACAAAAAGUACAAGCUAAAGAAAGAGGAGACUAAAGAGGAAGAGGAGGAGAAACCUGAACAACCGCUUCCGGAGGUUUCUUCUGAGCGGUUUUACGAGGUCAAGAGCGAUUUGUUGAGCCUGUUGCAAUCAAGCGAGGACUUCAACUUGAGAGACGUUAUUGGUGGCGGAAAUGAAGGAGCCGCUUCGACCAAUGGAGCAACCGUUGAGCCAAAGGCUAAAAUUGAGAAGAAAGCUGUCAAAAGUCUGCCUGAGAAGAUGGAAUGUGAUGACGACCUGAAGAAAGCUGUUGAUUCUAUUCCUACAACCAGCUGGUCAUUGUCAACAGAAACCUUCUUUUUCCUGCCUGAUGACCCCAGGUUCAAAGAGGGGCUGGAAUUCAUAAAUAACGCAAAGGUGCUUGACAACAAUGAAUACAAGAUUAAAAGACAAGAAUUGUAUGCAACUAUUAAAAACAAGCUGAAGAAUGUCAGACGCAAGAAGACCACUUUCGAAAAGAAGCUCGGAGGGAAACCCAAAAACUUUAAAUAUUCCAAUAGCAGGAACUCCAAUGCGCGCCGACAAAUAAAGAAAUGAUCGUCUAUUUUUAGCUAAAAA